AUGAGUUCGUCUCGCCGGCGCCGCCGCCUCUCGCCGCCGCCGCCGCAGCUGCCCGAUGACGCCAUCCGAGACAUACUCCUCCGCACCCCGCCGGACGACCCCAGGCGCCUCGUCCGCGCCUCCCUCUGCUGCAAGCCGUGGCGACGGAUCCUCUCGGAUCCGAUCUUCUGCCGCACCUACCGUGAGCUCCACCGCGGGACGCAGCCCUUGCUCGGAUUCAUCCACAACAAGGGCAGCGCGGAGAAGCCGCACCACUGCGUGCUGGUGCCCACCACCUCCUUCCGCCCGCCCGGCGGCACCCACCGCCGCAACUGGAUCGUGCUCGACUCCCGCCACGGCCGCGUCCUCCUCUACAGCUUCCCGCCCAAGCCGGACAUCCAGUUCGUCGUCUGGGACCCCAUCACGGACGAGCAGUGCCGACUCGUCCUGCCCGAUUUCACCCACGGCUCCUGGAGCGCCACCGUGCUCUGCGCCACGGACGGCUGCGACCACGUCGACUGCCACGGCGGGCCCUUCCUCGUCUUCUUCGCGGGGCUCGACAGGCUCGCCUUCGCUUCGGUCUACUCGUCGGUGUCCGGUGACUGGAGCGACACCGUCUUCGUCGACUAUCCGGAUGCCGCCAUGGAGCAGUACCCUGGCAUGGAGUACAUGAGGUUCAUGGACAGCGGCCUCGGCUUCACUCUUCUACAGGGGAAAACUGUCUACUUCCCUUGCAAUAUGAGCAACAGAAUCCUCGAGUACAACAUUGCCGAAAAGCGGCUGUCGGUGAUCGACACCCAGUUCCACGAGUACUACCAGUGGCACGCUGUCCUCGUCGCCGUGGAAGAUGAUGGCGUGCUUGUGUUUGCCGGCUUGGAGGAUUCAACCCUCCACAUGUGGUCAAGGGAGGCCGGUCAAGACGGCGCUGUGGAGUGGGUGCAACGCAGGGUCAUCCAUCUCGACAUGCUGGUGCCCCGUCCUGGCUGCUGCAGCACGCCCGAUUGGGAUGGCAUGUCGGGUGGCCUAUUGGUUGGAUCCGCAGACGGCGUCAUCUUCCUCAGCACACAUGCUGGAUCAUACACCGUUGACAUUACUUCAGGCCAAGUCAGGAAGUUAACCAACAUGAGAUUCACAGACAAAAUCAUCCCCUACACCAGCUUCUACACUCUAGAUCAUUCUAGGGGCAUAAAGCACCACUGCCUUGAACAUGCUAGUUCAUCAACAUGACCUGGUUGCCAUUUUGGUGGACUUGCCUUCGUUUGUUGGUAAGGUUAGGCAUGGAUGCAUGGUUCUGAAUUCCUAUUUGCUUCUGACAGCUCUGCCUAUGCACAUCUUAAUUCUCAAAGAAAGUGCACACAUGAAGGUUGGACCAUACUCUGAUGCCAGUCAACAUUUUAUAGCCUGCUAUAACCUGUUGAAAAUCCAUGAUGAUUGUAGUGACUACUAUAAAGAUAUGUUCAAUGUGAUCUUCCUAUGUGUAUCUAUGUCCAGUACUAGGUUUGCAACUGGUAGGUUUUCGCCAGACAUUUCUACUUUUUGGGUACUUAACCUGACUAGGUUUCUGUUUUGUUGGUCUAACCGUUCUGAUAUCUAAUUUUGUUCUGAAGGUUCUGCAUGCGUCCUAUGCAUGUCUCUGUGUGAAAGAGAAUGCGGACAUGAAGGUUGAACCAUCCUCUGUUGGUGGAAGUCAAAAUUUCAGACUGUGCUAUAGUAUGUUGAGUCCUGGAUAUGUACAAGGCACUCUAACUGUGUGUAUCUAUAUCCAGUAUGCUCCUAACCAGCCUUUAUCUUCGAGACAAGUGGAGUUUUUGGUAUGCAACUGGACUUUGUUUCAGGUAACGGCAGCGUUCAAGUGAGUGGGUAAUCUCUGUUUGUCUGGUGUAACUGAAUUAGCUGUAAGACCGUUAAUUUGGUCAUGGCGUGUGGUUUAAUUGUUUGCACUCUGCUGUAAUUGAGCCUAAUGACUACCUAGACUGAUAUGUUAAAUGAUGUCUGGAGGCUUAUUUUUU